CCAGCUGAACGUCUGACUUUGGGUACGUCAGCGGCAAACUAGAUGACUCAAUAAUGUAAUGCAAGCGUCAGAUCACAACCACUUGAUUGUUACUGCCGUCUGUUUUGUCUUAGCGAGAACAUGAUUAUGGAUUAUUCUUCGGAUAUUUAUGUGAACAUGAGGUGAUCGAGUUGUCGAGAUACAUGUAGUGGUUCAUCCGACCCCCAACACUCAACUCUGAGGCUCUUUCAUCACUGGUAUUCGGCAUCACUGGUUCGCCAUGCCAGAGCAAACCAGUGAGGAAGUAGCGGCUCAGCUGUUUGACCGCUUCGUUCAGGCUGGUACCUUCCAUGCCUGCAUGUCCUCAUUCCAUCAGAUUUGUGACCAUCUAGGACUCGACCCCAAGGAACAAAAGAAUUUCUACCCUCUGUUUAAGGCAAAGGUGGCGACAUGGAAAGCAAAGUCACUGUGGGCCAAACUUGAUAAGCGGUACGGCAGGAAAGAAUAUAAGAAGGGGAAGGCAUGUACAAAUACAAGGGUUCUCAUCAUUGGAGCCGGCCCAGUCGGUCUCCGCACGGCCAUCGAGUGCGCGAUGCUCGGCACAAAGUGCGUCGUCAUCGAGAAAAGAGACAGUUUCUCCCGGAACAACGUGCUGCAUCUUUGGCCGUUCCUUAUCACGGACCUUAAGAAUCUUGGCGCCAAGAAGUUCUUUGGAAAGUUCUGCGCUGGUGCUAUUGAUCACAUCAGUAUCCGCCAGCUCCAGUUGAUCCUUCUGAAGGUUGCCCUUCUCUUCGGCGUUGAGAUCCACACCGGCGUGACCUUUGAGGAACUUCAAGAGCCCCCUGAAGACCAAGAUCAAGAGCGUGUUGGAUGGCGAGCCCAGUUGAAUCCAAAGGACCAUCCCCUCAGUGAAUUUGAAUUUGAUGUCAUCAUCGGAGCUGAUGGGAAGAGAAACACUCUACAAGGAUUCAAACGCAAAGAAUUCCGCGGCAAACUCGCCAUCGCCAUCACGGCCAACUUCAUCAAUCGUCAUAGCAACGAGGAAGCGCGCGUAGAGGAGAUCAGCGGAGUGGCGUUCAUCUUCAAUCAGAAGUUCUUCCAGGAUCUAAAGGCUGCCUGUGGUAUCGACCUAGAGAAUAUAGUCUACUACAGAGACGACACUCACUACUUUGUCAUGACAGCAAAGAAGAAGAGUCUGAUCAAGAAGGGAGUUAUUCUAGAGGAUCGAGCAGACACAAUACAGCUCCUCUCCCGUGACAACUACAGUCACGAGAAGUUGCAAGCAUACGCCCGGGAGGCGGCCAACUUCUCCACCAACAAACAGCUGCCUAGGCUGGACUUUGCUCUGAACCACUACGGCCAGCCAGACGUUGCCAUGUUUGAUUUCACAUCAAUCUUUCAGGCUGAACAUGCAGCCAGAGUGAAGGAACGAAAGGGACAUCGGCUGCUGAUGGCGCUGGUUGGUGACAGUCUACUCGAGCCUUUCUGGCCGACGGGCUCCGGUUGCGCCCGUGGUUUUCUCGGUGCCUUAGACACCGCUUGGAUGAUACGAAACUGGUCGUCCAAUCAGCUCUCCCCACCAGAGAUCAUCGCCGAGCGUGAGAGCAUCUACCGUCUCCUCGCGCAGACGACCCCAGAGAACCUCGGCAAGAUCUACGAGCAGUACAGUAUUCAUCCGCCGACGAGGUACCCUCAUAUAAACCUCAAGGCGGCACAGCCUCAUGAGGUACUGCACCUCUAUGAUACGGAUGAUGAAGAUCUUAAGAGGAAGUGGGAGAAGGUGGUACAGAUACAGAGACAGACGCUCGUCAGAAGUGGGUCCAUAGUGAGAAGUAGUAAGCUGUUGAUGUGGUGUCAACGUGUUACCGACACCUACAAGAAUGUCCACAUGGAUAACAUGACCUCGGCAUGGCGCACUGGCCUAGCUCUGUGUGCCAUCAUUCACCGUUAUAGACCACACCUUAUAGACUAUAAAUCAUUACGAGAGGAGGACAUCGUUCAGAAUAACCAGCUUGCCUUUGAUCUAGCGGAGCGUGAGUUUGGCAUCAGUCCAACAAUGACGGGGAAAGAGAUGAGUGAGCUGGAGUCACCAGAUAAACUGACUAUGGUCGCUUACAUCUCAAGAUUCUAUGACCUCUUCAAGGAUGAGUUGCCUCCACCGCUCAAAGUCAAUCUGUCUACAAUUGAAGAGGCUCCACAUAUGGCCAAGUCGCCUGUCACCAAAGCAUCCUUCCUCUCAAGAAUCUCCAACAAGAUUCGACACAAGAAGUCUCAUCACGGUAACAAGGAGAACGAAGAAGGCUUGAAGAGUCCGGUGACUGCUAAGAGGGCCAAAUCAAGGGAGUCUCCGGAAACGGCUUUGAAGAAUCUAAGAGCUGCAAAUAUUGAGGCACGCCUGAAAGAAAGAAUUAUCGAUCGAGCCAAUGAGAGAGCGGCUGACAAAGCCUACAAUCAAUCAGAGCUUCCUACUGGUACAAAUCGAGUCAGUGGAUUGGCCGAGCAACUAACGGCGCAAUUCCGUACUAUUGCUGGGUUAACAGUAACCGAUGACAACAGACCUGUGAAUAGACCGAAAUUGAAAGCUUUUGAACCCGUCAAAACGCAGCACAGUGACACGUGUUUCUUCUGCGGGAAGCGUGUUUAUGUAAUGGAGAGAUUGAGUGCUGAAGGGCUGUUCUUCCAUAGAGAUUGUUUCCGUUGUCAGCAUUGCGAGACCAUGCUUCAUGUAGGCAACUACGCAUUCGCUAGAGAUAUGGAGGGGAAAAUAAAAGGAAAGUUUUACUGCAGAAUACACUAUCCGUCGUCAAUAACUAAUAAUUUGCAGAGUGCAAACAGAAAACGAUCAUUGGCACCAGAGCCGACGACCCCUGCACCAACCGUCAUCACGACCAUCUCUGAAGAGGCUUUGCCCGUAACACCUCCUGUAGGUGACGCAUCACUCUUAUCAGAGCCUACUCAGAAACGCUACCGGGCAACCCCAGAACGCAUCGAGUUGGAGAAUAUGAGGGCAAAUAUAGCCGCUGGUACUGUUGAAGUGACCGAGGAAGAGAUAGCCAAAUACAACCUUGGUACCUCCUUACAGACCUCUGGGGAAGAGGAUGAAGAUGAGUCGUCAGAUAGCGAGAUGGAGUCAUCCGAAGCUAGGACUGCAUCCAUGAAGGAUGUAGCAGGUGAUGAGGAAGUGCAGGAGGAGGCAAGUGAGGGGGAGGAGGAGGAUGAAGAGGAGGAGGAUUCAGAUGAAGAGGAUUAUGAUUCUGAUGAAUACAGUUCUGAGUAUGAAUCUGAUUCUGAUGAUGAGGAUGAUGAAGAUGGUGAUGAGGAAGACAGCGAUGAAGACAGCGAUGAAGAAGAAGAUGAAGAAGAAGCAGAGAUGGAAGUUGCCAAGGACGAGCAGCCGCGUUACAAUCACAUCAACAAGGUGGUCAGUCUGAAGCAACAGUGGCUCAACAACAUGAAGGCUCCAGAGAUCCCACCAUGGAGGCCACCUGAAGAGAUCCUGGCUGAGAAGCUCAAAGCUGAGGAAGAGGAGCGGAAGGCAGAGGAAGCGAGGCUAGCUGAGGAGGAGAUAAAGAGGAAAGAGGAGGAGCAGAGACAGGCCGAAGAAGAAGCCAGGAGGUUACAGGAAGAGGCGGUAGAAACAAAGAGAGUCGCCGUGCUUGAGAAAAGAAACAGCAAGCUCAAGUUAAAUUUGGAUGCUCUUGCUCAGCAGUAUGCUGACUUUGAAGUGGAGGCUGGGACACCCCUCAUACCAAAAGACAACGUAGAGGGCCGGAGCUUCCGAGGGUUGACAGAUGAUGAGAAGGUUGCAACGAUUUUAAAUUUGGACCCGGAAGAUGGAAGCUCAGGGAGUGAGAUAAGUAGCGAGGAGGAUAAUCAGAGUUACAAGGAUGCUGAGGAUGAUAGGGAAGAUGAUUACAUGUCAUCGGAGGAAGUCUUUGAGAUGGAUAUGGACGAGCCAGCAAAUGAUGCUACCUCAGGAGUCACAAAGGAUCUUGUCGAUGCUGCCGAGCAUCAAGAAUCUGAGAAUGACGCUGCUGGAGUAGGAACAAUUGCCUCUGAAACAAAGGAAGCCUCCAAAACACUUCCAGAGAGGACUUGUGAGUCCAGUAAGAAAGACUUGAAAAGCAAAGAGGACAUCUUUGAUUAUGUGGAGGAUGAAUACAGAGACAGACGGGGGCGUACAGUUUCUGGGGUUUCAGACUCGAGUUUCACUAUCUCCACGCCGAGUGGUUCCUUCUCCUCAAUAUCUGUGUGUUCCGUUACCACGGACAGUUUAAGAAGUCGUGUAGACUCCAACCCCAUAGACAUGGUGGAUUCCUCAAGGAUAAUCCCUGAAGAGGAAGUUAUGGAGUUAGAUUUGACCGUAAAGUCAGCAGAAGUUGACCUCAACAAGAGUGACCCAGCUGUUGAUGAUGGCAUUGAUCUCACACUGAACUCUGAAGAAAUGGCCCAUGAUGCGGAUUUAGAUCUGGAAGAAAUUUGGGGGUCAGAUCUUGCACUGGGAGCCAGUGAAGUGGUAUCCACAGAGACGGAAGCAGCAGUAGAUGACAUUGACUUGGAUCUCUCAGUCACCUCGGGUUACCAGGGAAAUGAUUUUAAAUGCGUACCACCUUUAGAAAAGGACCUUGCAUUGUCCGAAGUCGAAGUUUUUAUGGAGAAGAACACUAAAGCAGAUGAAGUGAAAACAUUACAGUGGGAAAACGUGGAACCAGCAGAGCUUGUUGAGUUGCGCAAACCCAAAAAUGCAUCUACGCCAGAGGUCACCCCAUCACCAGAAUCACCUGAGAAUGGGGAAGCCGUCAAGACCCCUUCCACAAAAGCCAAAGAGAAACCUAAAUAUCGUCCAAUGUAUCAUAAACGUGACAGCGGUCCCAGAUUAGUCAUGUCUCGAUCAUUCUCGGACUCCUUCGCAGAGAUGCCCGUACUAGACAGCAUCAAGGUUCAGGAUGUGGUAGAAGAAGAGGCAUCAGACCGGAAUGCAAAUACAACCAAUGGUGUGGUGUACAGGAAUAAAAAGACUCAUACCCGUCCAGAUUCUCCGACUGAGUAUGUCACGCCUCCAGCAGCCUUGAGACCCACUUCAAUCAAAAUGGACACCUUGUCUAUGUCUCAGAGCCGAGAAAGAACUUACUCAGGCGGCACAGCCCGCGAUAAGGUCGGUAAAAAGAAAGAGGGAGGCUCCCCAAAGAAAUCGCCUAAGCGGCAAUUACCAAAGAUUCCGUCGAAGGAAAACAGUCAGGGUCAGGUCACAUCGGAAAACAAACAAAUGGCGAAGAAGUUGCUACGACAGAAAACUUCCGGGAAAGAGUACCUGGGUCUGUCAAGUUCUGGAUCCAGCCUCCCGGAUGUAACCAGUCCAGGCUCUACCACCAGCGGGAAGCAACUACUUGGAGAUUCAGGUGCCACCUGCAUGGUUCAGUCCCCGCUCAUCACCACGACAAGCGGCAGCAGUGAUCAGUUUUUCACACCGGAUAAUGCAAUGUCAUCGGAGUACCUCUCUGUCUCACAGGGGGAAAAAUCCCCGCUCAGCGACCACAGCCCGUCGCAGUUCACAGAGGGCAUUCCGCAGUCAGAGUCCAGGUCUGAAGAGCGCAAAUCCCGCCUCAGUAAACUCAAGGGAGACAUCCGUCGACGGGAUGCGAUGCGGAAGACUCAGUCGCCCAAAGCGGAACGCAAGUCGACCAGUAAGAAGAACAAGAAGAAGAAGUCGAACAAAGCAAAGUCUGUGGAUGAACCUGUUGAUCGAUCGGCUAAGUAUCGCGUAACGGAAUCAUCAGGUGCUCCGUUAGCGUCAAUGAAGGACGAUGAGAUGUCGCUGUCGGCAGAAGGUGAACUGGACACACCUGAAGCUACUUCAAGACCUGGGUCUGUACUUGAAGAUCUACCAAAAAUGAAAUCCACUGCUGCUGAGCUACCGAGAUUAAUUCGUAAGCUUAGUCUAGAUCCCAAACUGUCAGCAUCUCUGGACCUGGAUAACUCCUCCACCUCUGACGAAGCAGAUGAGGAGGCCGCUGAGGAACUGAUGGCAGCAGCAGCAAGCCCAGGGGGGAAGGGGAAGGGGAAAGCUAAAUCACCCAAGAGGAUGUGGGGAAAGAGAUUCAAGAGGUUCAGACAGUUUAAGCAGGUUAUUACAAAGAAGUCCCCCAAAGUAGAGGAGAGAAGGAAGAUAGAGGAGGAAGAGUUGAACGAGAAACUGACACGACGAGUUCAACGCGAGGCGAGACGUCAACACCAUCAGCAACAGCUGAAGCGCCACCGCAUGGCCCAAGAGAUUCAACGCCAACUUCAAGAGGUGGAGGUCAAGCAGAGGGAACUGGAGAAUCGUGGAGUUUACGUCGAGAAAGCGUUACGAGGGGAAGGCGGCGAUGAUGCAGACAAGAAACUUUCUACAGCAUCCGGUGGCGUUGAUGAAAGCACCCUAAUGCAACAGUGGUUCAACUUGGUCAACGAAAAGAACGCUCUCGUCCGAUACGAGUCUGAACUCAUGGUCCAGGCACGUGAGCUUGAAUUGGAGGACAGACAUUGCCAACUGGAGCAAGAACUAAGGCAGCGGAUGGCUAUUGACGAAACAAAAAAGAAAGAAUCGGAUCGUGAGGUAGAGAGGCUUCUACUUGAGGAGAUGUUGGAAGUCGUUGAGCAGAGGGACGCCCUUGUGGCACUUCUUGAAGAGGAACGCCUCAACACCGAAGAGGCUUUAGCUUGUUUGAAGGCGUCUCAAGAACGUUUUCCCUCUUCCAUCUUAACAUCAUUAACUGUAGAGGGAGCGAAAGGAGGAUUUGGACAUCGAGGAGAUUAUGUUGAAGAAGGGUCUACUGACAGCGAGGAGUGAUGUCCCAAUACAUGUGUGAAUGCACACCCUCUCAUUCUACUCAGAUGGAACACCCCUUGUGCAGAAUGGAUUAGAUCAGCUGUAGGCAACCCACUUUCUACAUCAGUGGUGAAUCAAUGUUUUAUAUAAAAAAAAAUCAAAAUGACAGUUUAUGGAGAACAGUACUUACUUGAAAUUACUUUAAAUGAGUUCAAAGGUCAGUAAAUAUUUGAUGGAUGACCUUUUUUAACUUAUCAUACAAUAAUAAAUAUUUUUUGGAUUAAUGGUUGGUUGUUGUUGGUACUUGAAGCAUCACUUGUUCCCCAAAAUGGGCAAGAAUGAUCCCCCAUCAGGGUAGUAAUUUACCCUGAAGGGGGUAGUAUAAUGGUACUGGGUGUAUCAAACUGGAUUCGAGUAUACAGCACUUAAUCAGAUCGGUGUUCAGGGUAAAAACAAAUUAUAAACUGGAACCCCCUUGAUACAAAAAUGGAAUAGCCGAUCAAUUACACAGACUUAUUUAUACUUGUGAAAAUUAAAAACAAUAUUGUGUCUUUUUGUGAGCUAUGGAUGUUUCAUAUUACAAAUGCAAUGCAAUUUUUAUUGGUAGGAAGGCAGAAAAAAUGUAGCAUUAGCAAAAAAGACAAAUUUAGUAAGAAACUGUCAUUUAAAAAUGUAAUGACAUGUUUAACAAAGGCAAUAAAACAAAUGUUGUGGCAUGAGGACCUAACUUAAUAAAUCUAAAAAAUAAAACAAUGCUUUAUAUAAAAGGUACAUGUUUAGUUUAUUUAAGGGAUCCAGUCCCACAUUUUUAGUAAUCGUAUGCAUUUUGGCUUGUAACUUGGGCCUAUACUUUCACGGAGUUGCUUAGCAAACAUUAGCAGGAAACCAGUUGCAAACGGUACAUUUUACAUGGGGUUCUAGCUGGUACCUUUAUUCUGGUAAGCACAAUUGUUUUGUGCUGAGCUACUUCUUGUGCUUAACCAGCUCUGUGGAAUUGGGCCUUGUUUGUUGUUAGUAUUAAUCUUGUUUGUUCAUAGCAAGAUUGUUUUACUUUAACACAGAGUCCCAUUAUGUUCAGCUAUAUGUUUGUUUGAUAUAAUAUGCAUUUCCAUUUGUAUUUUUUAAGAUACAUCGCUCAUCUGUUUCAAAUUAUUUAUGGUUCAAACGUACUUCGAUUGUACCAAGGUGACUUUUCCAUAUUCAUUUUGUCUCUUAAAUGUUGAUGCUUUUUUAUAUUUGUUCCUUGGUCAAAAUAUUGGCCAGUUUUCUCCAUAUUUACAGUACUUACAUUUGUUUUGACCAAAACUUGUUUUUAUAUACUGCAUUAUUCUUUGAAUACAUGUCACAUCCGAGAGGCUCCUUGUUAAAAACAAGAUAAAUGUUAUUUUAUCAGAAAGCUAUGAUUCAAAGACAAACAUGGUGCCAUAAUUAUUGCAUGUACAUUUAUAGCCGAGUUGUAGUCCAGUUAAGGGAGUAGAGUCCUAGUUCAAGCCCUCGUGUUGCUUGGGUUAACCAUAGCACCCACUAGCAUUUCCAAGGGUUAACAUUUUGGUCACUAGUGGGGCUAUCUGUCAUUCAUGGAGGAGAUGGUCGUCUUCCAAGGGUCAUUUGCAUUUAUGGCGUCCCAUAGUUUUAUGGGCUUUGACGUUGCAAUAGAAAGGUCUAUGGUUCACAUUCUUGCAAAGUGGCAACCAAAUUGUGACGUCAUGUCACCAUGUGGUCGGCACUAAUGUCUUUUGUUUCUUGUUUGUGGUAAACUACUGACACUGGUUAGAAUAUUGGGGCAAUACCAGUAUGCAUCUAAGUUUGAGUUACCCCUGGUGUUUUAAUGGUUAGUUUUGCUAAUUGGUAGUGUUGAGUUGCUCAAUGGAGAGAAGUCGUGUUUUGUAUGCUAGUGACAUAGGGAAAAUCUGACACCUUUGGCUGGGGGAGGAUGAAUCAAAAAAGGGCGCUAUCAGAAGACGUUUGUACACAGUUCGCCGUAUGGGGACGGAAUCUCCUUCCACAACGGCAUAAAUUCGGUGGUGUUCCUUCUAGUUUGAUUGAAAUGUAGCUGCAUGGGCAUAGUGUUUUUGAAUCAGGAUGUGGGUUCUUCUCUAACCAUGAUGAAUUCCUUGUUGUAAAUGAAUUCCUUUAAUUGAAAUGGCAUUCCAAGGACAAACAAUCUUAUGGUGCAAGUAAAUGAAUAAAGUUGUGCCGUUUAAUUAUUCAUAUGCAAUUGUAUUCCUAUAUGCAAGUUGUAGGCGAAUUGUUGUGUGCAACCCUUUGGUUGUUCUCAGCUUCGAAUUGAUAAUUGUACUAUAGAGGGCGUCCUUACGCAUGUACGGAAGUUUUUUAGUGGCUUUUUCCCAAACCUCGACUAAGGAAAAGUCCGCGUUUGUUUUCGUUGCAAUCUAACGGGAAUAAUGUUUGUGUAGAAUCUGUUUUCAAAUAUACCAUAGAUUUAAUAUUUCGAGUUUAGUCUGUAAACGUUUCUAUUAUUUUCCUGCAGAGUAAAGUAAUUUGCUGUUUAGUGGUGGGGUGUGCAAAAUAUUUUGUUACGUGUUUACGCAUAUUUUUUUCGGAGCUGCAAGUGUGUGUUAAAAAAUGGCGGGAAUGUGGAUCACCGUCAGACACAUUUCAGAUUAUUUCAAAACAAAACUUCAUUUUGUUGGCGAAAUUGUGCUUGAGUUUGUUUUCGAAGCUUUUAUUCAGUGUGGUGAUUAUAUAUUCACUAUAUUAAAAACAAAUUUAAUAAAUAAAAACAAUUCCAGAAACGUUGUUCCCAGUUUCAAACAGUACUUUGAAUUGGCUUAGAGUAAGUAACUACUGUAGAAUGGAUACUCGUAAAUUAAUGAGAUAUUAUUUAACGUGUUGUAAGAUGCAAACAAAAUUAUCCGUUUUUACUACUAAAGAUAUUUUCUGCUCGUUAUUUAUUGUAUAAAAUAAGCAAUUGUUAAUUCUUUCAGCAGGCCUGUGGGGUGAAGAAAUUUUAAAAACAAUAAUUAAUGCAUGUUACUGGUGUUAACAUGUUUUAUGAAAAUUGCAUUUUGAGAUGGCAUUGCUUUAAGGUAAUAUUGUAUAGUAAACCCAUUUCCAUUUGACUGAUUUAAACACUAAAUUAGUCAUUUUUUUGUACAAAAGUAUUCAAUAAAAUAAUAUUUGAAUACAAAUUAUAAAAAUUGCA